AUGACUGAUCUUCGCCCUAUGAUCACCAAAUUCGCUCUCGAUUCAAAACCUCAACAAGUCCGAGCUAGCAAGCCCAAGGUUCGCAGCGGAUGCGUCACCUGCAAACUUCGCCGUGUCAAGUGCGACGAGGGCAAACCCGCUUGCGCGGCUUGCUUGAAGUAUCAAGGCCAUUGCGGAGGGUACAAAGCGAGCAAAACUCAGCCAUCCAAAUUACCGCCGCCCAAGAAUCGCUUGCUGUUUCCAAAACAACCAAAGAACCAAGUCCUCGAUGUCGUACUCAUUGAGCCAAAUUACUCAUCUCUCGUCUUUUCGAGCCAGCGCGAGAAAGACCACUUCGACUACGGGCUAUCCUUCACGAACGCCGCCCUCAUGUUUCGCUCCGAUUUGCUCACACAAAUCAUUCCCCAACUUUCAUGGAAUGACCCGGCCAUCAAGCAUGCAGCUCUGGCCAUAGGUGCCGCGGCGCUGGGCGCCACCACGCGAGAACAACGUCUCCUCGGACGAGGCAAGUUCGACACGGAUGCUCUGUUCCACUACACAAAGUCGAUGAAUAUCCUUUACUCAACACCAAUGUCCCCCGAACGGACAUUGCUGGCUUGUCUCUUGUUCAUCACGUUUGAGAGCUUCCGAGGCAACAAGGCAGCCGGGCUGAACCACAUCAGCCACGGGUCCCGGAUCCUCGACCAAUGCCGCCAAGCCCAAAUCGCGGAGCCAAGCCCCUUGCUGGAAGAAGUGAUGAUUGGCUUCCAGCAUCUGAGUCUCCAAUCCUGGACCCACGGCGGAGCGCACCCAAAGGAGACGAAGAAUCGAGUACCGUGGUGUUGCCGCGGACGCAAGACGCGAUACGCUGUCGAGGAGAUGCCCGCGACGUUUGAAACGUUGGAAGCUGCCCGCCGUUGGUGGAAUGUCGUCCGCCACCACGUCGAGCAUCACGCACCGCUAUACACUGGAUUCGUCGUCGAGGGAUCGACGGCGCCGGUACCCGAGAAACCGCCGCACGAAUACAGCUCACCGAGCGCCCAGGCACGCGUCCGGAGCUUCGUAGGCCUGACCGACGCCUGGCACCUCGCGUUCCAACCGCUCGCCGUCAAGGCGGAGGUUCAUAAAAAGACUAACCCCGCGAGCUACUACAAGGCCCUGAGCCUUCGAGUCCACUAUUUGUACCUUUGGAGCGUGGUACGCUGUGCCGGCUGGACGGAUGUGGAGGAGACCAAGCGCAUCACGCCGGCAUUCAUGGACAUCAUAUCGAUGAGCAGGCAGCUCCUCGAGGCGCACGACGCCGGGCAACGCGAUGGAUCCGAACCUGCAGAGGUCUUUACGAUCGAAGACGGCCCGACGUGGCCUCUGUGUACCGUGUUCCUCAUGUGUACGAUGCCCGGGGUGAGACAAGCCAUCGUCCAGCUGCUCAAGGACUUUCCUCGGCGAGACGGGCUCUGGGACACGAGUACGUUCCUGGUCAUCAUGGAGUGGGUGAAUACGAUGGCGUCUGUGGGUCGUAUAACGAAUGACCAACAGCAUUUCAUCGAUUGUAAUGUUGUGUUUGGCGAGUCGUCGGUCACACUGGAGAAGCAGCUUUGGGAUCCUGUGGCGUUGAAGUGGGAUAGUCGUAGUGUAUGUUUUAGCUACUAA